CUCAAACAAACCUAAAAUUGGUUUGGAGGUAUUCCUCCCUAAAUCCUUAAUGCCUGUGCCAAAUAUUAUUGGGGUUAAUUUAGACAUAAAUAAUAAUCAAUUUAAUAAAACAAAUGAUCACGUUAAACAUAUAUCUACGAAAACAGCCUCAAAUAAAUAAGAAAUCAAACCUAAAGAUCCUAAACUCAUUCCAGAUCUCAUUCUCAAAAAGAAAAAGAUUAAGAGUCCUCAAAAACAUGAACUUCCUAACAAAACAUUUACACUGCUUGAGCCUGUUGAAAUUAAGGAAACCCAAUUAAAUAGGUCUCUAUAAUCUAAAACAGAACUCCACAAUCAUUAGAAAAAGAAAAAGUUGUCCCCCUCAUUGGAUAUAAUAAAAAGAAAAGAUAGUAAACCAUCAACUUUGAAACCAGAUUCUUUAUCUGAAUCGUUUGAAUUAAGAACCUCUGAAGACUUAUCAAUGAGAGAAGAUAGCAUUAAAAGGAAGGAGAAUAUUAAAUUGUUUAAUAAGCAUGAGAAGAAAUCUAUUAAAGGACCAGAAAGUGCAAAUAAAAAAGAAAAACUCUAAAAAAUUGAAAAAAAAAAGCAUUCAGAAUCUGAUAUAUUAUAGAAAAUUGAAAAAUAGACUCAAUAGAUUAUACCAUUCAUUGAGAAGAAGGAUUAGAAGAAAAAAGAUAGAGUUGAUAGUAAUAAUAAAUAGAAGCAUAAUAAAGCAGAAUAGGAAAAGUUCUAAUUAAAAGAAAAGAAUGUAAUUUUAGAAAGAUUAGAGAAAGAAAAGUAAGAUAAAGAUAAGUUAGAAAAAGAGAGAUUGGAGAAAUUCGAAAAAGAAAGAGCAGAGAGAUUAGAAAAAGAAAGAUAAGAAAGAAUUGAAUAUUUAGAAAAGCAAAGGUUGGAGAGAGAAAGAUAGGACAAAUUAGAAAAGGAAAGAUUAGAGAGAUUAGAAAGAAGUGAUAAACAUAGAUAAAAAGAAAGCUAAGAAUUGGAAUUAAUUAUUGAAAAACUAUUAUGUACUAAUCCAAAUGAAGUUUAAAAAGUUAAAAAGAAUUCAGAGUAAAUAAUAAUAAUGGAGGGCAAUGAAAAAGCAUUCAAGAAAUUAGAAAAAGAGUAAUCAAAACUUGAAAAACCCUCAUGUAAUUAUUGUCUAUGCACAGAUACAAAAACUAUUGAAAUUUAAGAUGGUGUAAGAAUAUGUACAUAAUGUUUGCUAGUAUCAAUUAAUCCAUUCUAAAAAAUUAUUACAAAAUUAGCCUUUGCUGAAUACAGAUCUUCAGGUAAGGAGAAUGCUAAAACAUGUCAUAGUUUCACUAUUGAAAAUUCAUUUGAUUGCAAUCUUGAAAUCAGAUGUGUGUCUCUUAAUAAACAAGGAUUAUAUGAUCUAACUUUUCCAAUGUCUUGCACACUACUGAUAAAUGGUAUUCCCAUCAAGGAGAUCAGACCAUUGCAAGAAAAGUCAAGCUUAAAAAAACGAAGGGAUUCAUCGAUCUUUCUGAAUGUAAAAGAUAUCUUAAAACAAAAUAACUUUUCUAAGAAGUUUGUAUUCUCAAUUAUAGAACAUUUGCCGGAAUAAACAUAUCGAAAAGAUACAAUUGGCGCAAUCUAUUCUUUCGGUUUGUUUUUAGUUGAACCUCUGAAUGUUAUAAAAACAAUUGAGAAAUUUAAAUCACUCGACAUCUAACCAAAAAUCAAAUCAGAUUAAGGGAAAAAAGAGAUAUUGGUUGCUAAAACGAUUAUUAGUCUCUACUGUUAAUUCACCUUGGAAUUAAUUCAAAUACCAGCAAAGUAAGUCAUGGGUAUUAAUUAUAUUAGGGGUGAAUUUUGUUAGCAUGAAUAAUGUUUUUGUUUGCGUAGUUUCUUGGAAAUGAUGAUUAAAGUAGAACACAAAAAAUGGAUUUGUCCAAUAUGCAAAAAGGUGUGUUUCCAUUUAAUUAUUGAUAAAUAUCAGCUAUUCAUUAUUGAGAGAAUCAAACAGUUAGAAAUAUCUGUUGAUUAGAUAGUAUUAGAUCAUAAUGUAUCAUUUUGAAAAUAGACUAGGGUUAAAUGGAUAAAGAUGAAUAAAUCAAUUUAAUAUUAUAAGAUGAAACAAUUAAAACGUACUAAGACAUAAUUGAUAGAGGGUAUCAGAAUAUCAAUAAAAUCAACAAAAAUGAUGAUGAAGAUGAUAUACCACUUGUAAAUAAUGAUGGUAAGACUUAAAAUGUUGCAAUAAUAUUGAUUGAUGAUUGA